AUGCGCGGCGAUGACGGGAGUGAGUUCUUUGAGGUGUGGGCUCUUCGGUUUGCGCAUGCGCAGCGCGGUGUGUUUGACAAUGUAAGAAGACUACAAGUUCCGAGAAGCUACUCAGCGAGGUCUCAGUCGAGCACGUUUGCGCCUGCGCGUCGCGGGCGGGGCCUCUGGGGCGGAGCGGCCACCAUCUUGGAACGGGAGGCGGAGCAGAGCCGACUGGGAGCGACCGAGCGGGCCUCCGCCGCCGCCAUGAACCCCGAAUAUGACUACCUGUUUAAGCUGCUUUUGAUUGGUGACUCGGGCGUGGGCAAGUCAUGCCUGCUCCUGCGGUUUGCUGAUGACACGUACACAGAGAGCUACAUCAGCACCAUUGGGGUGGACUUCAAGAUCCGAACCAUUGAGCUGGAUGGCAAAACCAUCAAACUUCAGAUCUGGGACACAGCUGGUCAGGAGCGGUUCCGGACCAUCACUUCCAGCUACUACCGGGGGGCUCAUGGCAUAAUUGUGGUGUACGACGUCACUGACCAGGAAUCCUAUGCCAACGUGAAGCAGUGGCUACAGGAGAUCGACCGCUAUGCCAGCGAGAAUGUCAAUAAGCUCCUGGUGGGCAACAAGAGCGACCUCACCACCAAGAAAGUGGUGGAUAACACCACUGCCAAGGAGUUUGCAGACUCUCUGGGCAUCCCCUUCCUGGAGACAAGUGCCAAGAACGCUACCAAUGUUGAGCAGGCGUUCAUGACCAUGGCUGCUGAGAUCAAAAAGCGGAUGGGCCCUGGGGCUGCCUCGGGGGGUGAGCGGCCCAACCUCAAGAUUGACAGCACCCCUGUGAAGCCGGCUGGUGGCGGCUGUUGCUAGGAGGGGCCCUGCACAUGGGGAGGGACAGGACGGGGCACCUUCUCCAGAUGAUGCCCCUGGAGGGGGCAGGAGGUGCCUCCUUCUCCUGGGGCAUUUGAGUCUGUGGCUUUGGGGUGUCCUGAGCUCCCCAUCUCCCUCAGGCCCAUCUGCCUGCCGCCCUGACCCCCGGCUCUGUCAGGGCCCCCAAGAGAGGACACCCAGGACCUGUGGCUGGAGUGGGGGUGGGGGCUUGCUCUGCUGCUGCCUCUAGGUGACUUUAAAAGAUACCCCACCACAUACCUUUCUUUGGGAUGAGGGCUCCUCUGUCUGCCUCCCUCCUCUGCUCCCCAUGUAUGCUGCAGUGGGUUUCUCUCCUUAUCCUUCUUCCCUUUCUCACUGAUGCACCCUUCCCCAAGAGAUGAGAGCUUUCCAUGGGCUCUGCUGCCCCUGGCUGAAAUCAGCACCCAGGGCCAGGAAUGGGUCCAGGGGAUCCAGGACCCUGGGCCAGACCUCAGGACGGGCAUGGGGGCCACAGGGGCCCAACAGCCCACCCUUUCCCCUCCUACCUCCCCUGCCACCCCUCCCACACUCAUAGCUCCAGCCGUCCAGCUGCAGGGGGGUAGGUCUGAGCACAUCUAGGGCAGGUGGGCGGGCAGCCAUGCUGGGCCUGUGUCUUGAGCCCAGAGGGAGCCUGCUCUUGCCGCCCCCUGCCCUGCCAGAGCCAAGCCCAUGUGCUGCCUGCCCACCGUGCCCCUUUGUCCCCAAGGCAGGCGGAGGCGGAAGGCCCACCGUGCCAGAGGCUGGGCACCAGCCUUAACCCUCACUCUGCCAUCACCACCUCCCUUUCCCCAAGGCAGCACAUCUGACUUUUUCUCCCCCUCCCUUGAAGCCUAUGAGGGCAGAUCCUUUUCCCAUUGCUACUUCUCCUCUCGGGAAUAUGGGUGCAACCCAGAGCUGGGGGCCACUCCGCUCACCCCCGACCACCCAGGAUCCUAGCCUCCGGCCCUCCGGCACAGCUUCUUCCUGCAAAAAACCAAACCUUUGGUCUCUACCUGAGAAGCCAUGCCCCUUGUGCUGUCUCUCGCCUGUCCCACCUGUGCCCUGCCCUCCAGCUUGUAUUUAAGUCCCUGGGCUGCCCCUUGGGGUGCCCCCCACUCCCAGGUUCCCCUCUGGUGUCAUGUCAGGCAUUUUGCAAGGAAAAGCCACUUGGGGAAAGACGGAAAGGACAAAAAAAAAUAAAUUUCCACUGGCCCUCGGGUGAGCCGAGGGUUUUUGCAAGGAA